AUGUACUUCAUAAAGGUAAUUUGUGUUUCAAUUGAAAUGGUAAGAAAAAAAAAAAAAAUGAUGAUGCCACGGGUCCUUAAUGAUAUUUCGUGACGUCAUGUUGCGUCAUCGUUAAAAUUCAAGCAUCGACGGAGGUCUCAGUCAGAGUUAGAGACCAUCAAACUUGAUAAAGCAUAAAUCGUAUGCAGAGGGUUCUGCCAAGUGGGAAUGGAAGUGGAGUGAAUCGGUCAUUUAAUAAUGUAGCAACUGACAAAACGCUAGAACGAUCGUCGAUUAUCAAUGGCUCGUUUUUCGCAACUUUUUUGUUGCCUCUAGCUUUUUAAUAUCUCCCCCUUGUUACAGCCAAAAUCUUACUAUAUCUGAUCUCGGUGUUGUCAUGUUUGUAACUAAUUCUUCCAUUAUGCGAUUCACAAUUUCUUGAAUUACAUUUCUCUGCAAUGUAACCUUUUUUUUUACCGGACAAUUCAUGUUUGAAGAAUAUUCAUCUCUUAAUUUAAAGUUGCAAGAAGUUUGUUUAUGAAAAAAAAUUCAUAAAAAAUGCGUAGCCCUGCUCUAUAAUUUAGAAACUUUUCUUUUCCAGUUAGCAGCUAUGGCAGUGUCAGGGCAAAUGAGCUAUGACCUCUGCAAAAAAUGUAACAGAAGUUACCACGACUUAAGAAAUAUGUAUGAAAGGAACUUACAGGAUGUUUUCCACCUACCUGAUGAAGAAGAUCACACUGAGAAACUUGGGAAGAGGCAAUGGAUCCUCAGUCGGGGCAAUAGAAAUUCAUUGCCUGAGUACUAUAGUUUAUGCGAAACUGUAACGGAAACAGUGCAACUAGACGAUUCAGAGUACGAGUAUCAACCGCCUCUUUAUCACGAGGUUUACUGUAAAAGUAACGCUUUGCUAGAUAGCCUGCAACGUGCCAAUCCAUCAAAGCAGAAAUGCGUAUAUAAUGGUUUUCAUUGCGUGCAAAGAAGUAGAACUUUGAUAUUGGUAAGGCGACGAUGGGAAAACGAGUGUUGGGAACCUUUCAUCAAACAAAUUUCCAGUGGUUGUGAUUGUAUGUGGCCAAAAUCUGUCCUUGGAGAUAUAACUAAACAUUAUUAAUCACCAAUAGUUUCUUGCAUCAUAUUAUAUCAGAGAAAUUAAGGAUUAAGAAGUCAAAAUUCUUUUAAUUUCUUCAAAUUUUAAACGAUUGAACAUUUAGUGGUGCAAAAAAAUUCUUAUACAGAAUCAUUAUGUAUAUUAUCAAAUAUAUAUAAAUUUGUAAUCUAUAUGAUUCGUUUUAUCGAAGCUGUUUAUUU